AUGGCUGAUCCAAAAUACGCUAAUUUGCCGGGGAUCGCCUUCAAUGAACCAGACGUCUAUGAAACUGGUGAUCUACCUGAAGAUGACCAGGCUCAGUUUGAGUCGGAGGAGCUCUGCAGUGACAGUGUUGAGAGGAUUGUGCAUGUCAGCACCAAAGGGCUCGACUUUUCAGACAGAAUAAGUAAAAGCAGACGAGUGGGUUAUGAGUCUGGAGAGUUUGAAAUUCUUGGAGAAGGUAGUGGGAUCAAGGAGACGCCCCAGCAGAAAUAUCUGCGUCUGGUCAAUGAGAUCCAGGAGCUGACCAAAGAGGUGGACACCAUCCAGUCGGCCACAAAGGAAACCAAUGCAGAGGAGCGCCUCACCCCAGUGGUCCUGGCUCAGCAGGCAUCUCAGCUCAAACAGCAGCUGGUGUCUGCUCACCUCGAUACACUUCUGGGACCACAGGCACACAUCAACCUCACUGAUCCAGAUGGAGCGCUGGCAAGGCGUCUGCUCACUCAGCUGGAGGUGGCCAAGGGCAGUCGUGUCAGUGCCACGGAAGACGGGAAGCCCACUGCGUCGGCAAAGGGCCCAGAUGGAGUGGUCCUGUAUGAGCUGCACAGCCGGCCGGAGCAGGAGAAAUUCAACAACGCUGCCAAGAUGGCAGAAUUGGAGAAGCGUCUGGCAGAGCUGGAGACGGCAGUUGGCCCGGGAUCAGACAAACCGGGGCCGUUGAGUGCUGGAGUACAAGGAGGGAGUUUGAUGGACACCAUAGAGCUGCUCCAAGCAAGAGUCAGCGCUCUAGACUCUGCUACUUUGGAUCAAGUAGAGGCUAGACUGCAGAGCGUCCUUGGAAAGAUGAAUGAGAUCGCGAAGCACAAAGCAGCUAUUGAAGAUGCCGAAACUCAAAACAAGGUCACGCAGUUGUAUGAGUUGGUGCAGAAAUGGGAUGCUGUGUCCACGUCUGUACCUCAGGUGGUGGAGAGGCUGAUCUCUCUCAAAGAGCUCCAUGAACAAGCCAUGCAGUUUGGGCAGCUGCUGACCCACCUGGAUACCACUCAGCAGAUGAUCAACAGUACACUAAAAGAUAACAACACUUUGCUCACACAGGUUCAACAGACAAUGAAGGAAAACCUAGUUGCUAUUGAGGAGAACUUUGCAGCACUAGAUGAGAGGAUGAAGAAAGUAUCUAAGUAAACUGCUCCGCACAGAGAGUCAGAGUCAGUCUGGGAGAGUGGAACAUGGACACAUGAAUGGGGCUGGUGGAGCUUGGUGGAGUAAGUUUAGACUGAUCUCUCUGACCAUACAUCUCCUGGCCUCUGCAAACACCUCUGCCUUGUUUUAAAAGUCAAACAGGAAAGAUGGAUUCACAAAAGACCAAAUGUUUUUGUCUUUACAUCUUCACUCUCCUGCAUCAGUAUCAACUAAAAUGCGUGUUGAUUUUUCUGCCCCUGACAUAUUGCUGGACGUAGGAAAUUGUGUGGUACUUUUCUAUAGUUAAGGGCCUGUAGUAGAUGCCUGUGUGCUGGACAGUGUACAGCUGUAAUGAUAUUAUUGUACUAAAUUAUUAAAUUCCAAUGUUUUUCAGGGCAAUGUCCAUAACUAUUAAAGGCACAAAGACUAUAAUAGUACCACUUUGAAUUCUCCAGAUUCUCACUUUAGGCCCUUGCAUUUUAGACUGAUUUGUUUUUAUGAUUGUUAAACCAAAAUGUCAUUCCUAAAACUGUAAUGAUUAGAUUAAAUUUGUACUGUACAAUUUGGUCAAAGAGAAAUUGUGGGAGUACAUCUGUGCACACGUCAAGGACAAGUCACAGAAGGAACGCUUGUAAAUAUGCCUGUUUUUUUUCUGCAAACUCAGUUGCUUGUAACUGUAAUGUUAUGACCUAAUGCCACAGACAAACAUUUAAUCUGCUCUUUGCAUAAAAGUUAAUUACAUUGUACAUCUGUGGUCAUGGGAAAUGGUUAAUAAAGUUCACAAUAUAUGUAAAAAGAAA